AAAUUGCAAUGCAGCUGAAGCAGAAACAGACUGAGAGAAUAUCUGUAGUGUACACGGCUUAUUUAUUUAUUUAUUUAAGUCAUUAUUUUAGGUGAAAACUUUAAGGUUUUUUUUCCAGAACUAAGAUGAUGUCACAGUGUGUGGAGAAAUCUUUGUGUUGUGCUGUUUUAGCUCUUGUGUCAGUGUCACUGUUCUACAGCCGAACAGUGAAAUGUGCAGAAACCAAAUUAACACCGAAACUCAACAAAACCCAGAAUCUGAACUUCACUCACAACGAGCCCCUGGUGUACCCCGUUUACAGGCCGUGCUCAGGUGAACAUGAGGGUAUGUGUAUCCAUGGUCUCUGUUCUUAUCCUGAAAACAUCAACAACACAUACUGCACGUGUCACCAUGGGUUUAGUGGUAAACGUUGUGAACAUCGGAAUCUAGCUACAGGUGUGAACAUAUCCUUUAACCUGGAGGAUGUGAUCGCUAUCGUAUGUGGAGUGACGUUCCUGCUCGCCUGCAUGUGUGUGAUUGGCUGCUGCUGCUACAAGAAGUCGUACUGCAGCUGUACAUCACUGAGGGGCAGUAAACCAGCUUCCCCAUAUAAAAACCAGGAAAACGGUGUGUGAGAGUGACAGAGGGCAACAUAGACAGCUGAGAACUGGAACACAGGCAGACUGAGGGAUCACAGCUCCCCCUGGUGGUCACUCACUAAGUGCGCUACUGAGAAGGGCUUUUAUUCACUCGCAUUUUUCAUAAACACAGACUUUAUGUUCUCUUCAGCUAACAAGGCCCAGCUGAAUAAGAGAACAUAAAAUUAAUGAUUCCAAAUAAUAAUAAUAAUAAUAAUAAUAA